CGCCCCCGUUUGCGAUCUUCACCCAAAAUCCAUUGUUUACGGUCAUUGACGAAAGAGCGACUUCUUGUGCCAUUCAGAAAUCGGCCCCAAUUCGGCUCCCAAAAUGGCCAUUGCGUUUGUGAAGGCUUUUCAUUUGAUUAUUGGAAUUAGAACUGAUGGUUUUGGGGGAGGUGUAUGUGUGUCAUUGGGUGUGUUGUACGAAUGUGGGUAUCCGGGUUGCUUUGGCGUUUAUUUUUCUGGGAGAGAUCGGACGGAUAGUCAUUGAAAACUAAUUCAAGAUGGCGGAAGAUAACCAUAAUACCGCUGAGAUAGCCACAAAGUAUCUUCUGAUUAUCUUCAAUUUCCUCUUCCUUCUGGUCGGCGUCGCUCUCUUAGCCGUCGGCAUAGUGGUCAUCGUCCAGACCAACCAGAUAGACAUCCUGGAAAUACUGGACAACCCUCUUAUUCGUAACGGUGCUUACCUCAUUAUUGGCCUUGGAUCCUUUAUCAUUGUAGUAUCGGUGGUAGGAUACUUCGGGGCCUGUAUGAACUCCAAGUGGACGCUUGUGAUUUACAUCACCAUCAUUCUGAUCAUCUUCAUCGCACAGCUGGUUGGAUGUGUUUUGGUUCUUGCAUACAGGAGCAAGGUCCAUAUAUGUUAA